UCUAAUGGCCAAGCCUAUUUUUCUCGUGUAAUAUUAUAAAGCAAUUGUUAUUUACCUUUGUUUAAGUUUAAUUCGAAAGUUUUUCACAAUGGUUGUCAAAGUAUAUAUCAGUGGUAUUUCUGGAAAUAAAGAGGUGAAGAAGCGUCAACAACGUGUAUUGAUGAUACUAGAUUCGAAAAACAUAAAAUAUGAUGUCAUUGACAUAACGGAACCAGGGAAAGAAUCCGAUAAAGAGUUUAUGCAAAACAACUCGAAGUCGAACGGUGGCACAGUGAGCGACCCUAACCCGCGGUCUCCGCUCCCGCCGCAGAUCUUCAACGAUGAGGAGUACUGUGGGGAUUAUGACCAAUUUGACCUUGCAAAUGAAGUAGACACUUUGGAACAAUUCUUGAAGAUGGAAGUCCCUCCUGAAGAUCCACCACAAGUUGAAAGUGAACAGGAAAAAACUGUAAAUGGGGAUGUUGAGACCGAAAGUAAAGAGUCUGAAGUAAGUGCGGAAGAGAAAGUUAACACAACUGAGAAUACUGAGGAAAAAGAAAAAUCUCCAGAGAAAGAAGGAAGUCCUGCUAAAGAGGCUUCUCCUACAAGAGAGGAAGCUGAUGCAGCAUCAAAGGAAGGUACUCCUGACAAAGAAGAAGAUGAGGGGGCCCAGGGGGAUUCAAAAGAAAAGUCUCCAGAAAAGGAAACAGAAAGACAAAAAUCGGUUGAAAAAGAAAGCACACCAGAGGCAAAAGCACAGUCUCCUGAAAAAGAAACAGUGGUGGAAGCCAAAGAAGCUUCAAAAGAAAAUUCUCCAGCAAAGGAAGAAGUGAAUGGAACAGCUAGUUCGCGCGAACAGUCUGAGGAAAAGGAAGCCACUGAACAAACAGAAACAGUAGAAGCAAAAAAAGAUAACCCAUCAGAGGCUCUCAUCCAGAGCGAGCAGAUUGCUGCAGCUGAAUAAUGGACUGAACACUUACUUGCUUUUCAGCUCAAAUGAAUCCCUAUUAGCACUAAGCAAGCACUAUUCAUUAAGUUCUGUUAUUUAUAAUGCAU